AUGGAGUUUUCAGUCUCCACCCCACGCUAUCACUACCACUAUCCCAAGCCCACCACCACCUUCUCUCUCAAACCCCCAAAUUCUCAACCCUCUUCCAACCAACUCCGUCGCCCCAAAACCAUCACCACUCCUCCUCGCCCCACCAAGCCCAUCCCCAAAAUCCCCUCUAACCCCUUCAAGAACCUCUCUAAUCCCACCCAUGUCCCCACUCCUCCCAUUACCACUUCUCUCACCAACAAGCUCUGGCUCACCAGCAAGCUCUCUCCUCCUCCGCCGGAUAUAGACGACUCCGACGAAGAAGAAGAAAUAGAAGAAGUUAAAUACAAUGAGCCGAAGAAGAAGAAACCGGGACGGCCCAGAGUCGAAUUCCGGCAAGAAGGGAAGAUAUUCGUCGGGAAUUUACCGAAUUGGAUCAAGAAAAACGAGCUCUCGGAUUUUUUCCGGCAAUUCGGACCGAUCACGAGCGUGAUUCUGAUCAAGGGCCACGACAGCACCGAGAGAAACGCCGGCUUCGGAUUUGUUAUAUACGGCGGUCCCAAUGCGGCCAAGUCCGCCAUGAAGGCGGUGGAGUUUGACGGCGUGGAGUUUCACGGGAGGGUUCUGAGUGUUAGGUUGGAUGAUGGGGGCAGAUUGAAGGACAGAGCUGAGGAGAGGGCGAGGUGGAUUGAGGAGGGUGACGGUGACGGCGGUGUGGAGUUCAGGGCUCGGUCUAAGUGGCACAAAGAGAGGCAGAGCUCUCGGAAUGCGUUGCGAAAGGUUAUGGAGACGGCGCCGGAGAACUGGCAGGCGGUGGUUAACACUUUCGACAGGAUUGACAAGCCUUCUAGAGGAGAGUAUGGCCUGAUGGUCAAGUAUUAUGCUAGGCGAGGGGAUAUGCAUCGUGCUCGUGAAACAUUUGAGAGCAUGAGAGCAAGAGGAAUAGAGCCAACUUCACAUGUAUACACGAGCCUGAUUCAUGCUUAUGCAGUUGGCAGAGACAUGGAAGAAGCAUUAUCUUGUGUUAGGAAAAUGAAGGACGAGGGUGUUGAAAUGAGUUUGGUGACUUACAGUAUUAUAGUUGGGGGAUUUGCAAAAGUUGGCAAUGCCAAAGCUGCAGAUGACUGGUUCAAGGAGGCCAAAGAGAGACAUACAACUCUAAAUGCAAUCAUUUAUGGGAAUAUUGUUUAUGCACAUUGUCAAACAUGUAAUAUGGAUCGAGCUGAGGCUUUGGUACGGGAAAUGGAAGAAGCAGGUAUAGAUGCUCCUAUCGACAUAUAUCACACCAUGAUGGAUGGUUACACAAUGGUUGGUGACGAAGAUAAAUGUUUGAUUGUAUUUGAGCGACUGAAGGAAUGUGGCUUCACACCUUCUAUCAUCAGUUAUGGAUGUCUGAUCAAUCUUUACGUUAAGGUCGGAAAAGUUUCCAAAGCGUUGGAAGUCAGUAAAAGGAUGGAAACAACCGGCAUAAAACAUAACAUGAAGACGUACUCCAUGUUGAUUAAUGGGUUCUUGAAGUUAAAAGACUGGGCUAAUGCAUUUGCAGUUAUAGAAGAUUUGAUGAAGGAUGGUCUGAAGCCCGAUGUAGUCCUGUAUAAUAACAUUAUAACAGCAUUUUGUGGAAUGGGUAACAUGAAUCGGGCUGUUCGCACUGUCAAAGAAAUGCAGAAGGAGAGGCAUAGACCUACGUCACGUACAUUUAUGCCAAUAAUACAUGGUUUUGCAAGAGCUGGAGAUAUGAGAAGAGCCUUAGAGAUUUUUGAUAUGAUGAGGAUGAGUGGAUGUAUUCCAACUGUGCAUACUUUCAAUGCUCUAGUUCUUGGUCUUGUGGAGAAGCGGCAGAUGGACAAGGCUGUUGAAAUAUUGGAUGAGAUGACACUUGCAGGAAUUUGUCCAAAUCAACACACAUAUACAACUAUCAUGAAUGGUUAUGCAUCUUUAGGUGAUACUGGGAAAGCUUUCGAGUAUUUUUCCAAAUUGAGGAAUGAUGGCCUAGAGAUUGAUGUUUUCACAUAUGAGGCAUUGCUGAAGGCAUGUUGCAAAGCAGGCAAAAUGCAGAGUGCUUUAGCUGUCACCAAGGAAAUGAGUGCUCAAAAAAUUCCAAGGAACACCUUCGUGUACAACAUAUUAGUUGAUGGAUGGGCUCGAAGAGGUGAUGUUUGGGAGGCUGCUGACUUGAUGCAGCAAAUGAAACGUGAAGGGGUUCAACCUGAUAUACACUCCUACACGUCUUUCAUAAAUGCUUGUUGCAAGGCUGGAGACAUGCAGAGAGCUGCGAAAACAAUCGACGAAAUGAAAACUUUUGGAGUGAAGCCAAAUAUUAAAACUUAUACCACACUGAUACAUGGUUGGGCACGUGCUUCUCUACCUGAGAAGGCUUUGAGAUGCUUCAAAGAUAUGAAGUUGGCUGGAUUGAAGCCAGACAAAGCUGUGUACCAUUGCUUAAUGACAUCUCUGUUGUCAAGGGCUACUGUAGCUGAAGCUUACAUUUAUUCUGGUCUUCUGUCUAUCUGCAAGGAGAUGAUAGAAUCUGGUUUGACUGUGGAUAUGGGAACUGCAGUUCACUGGUCAAGGUGCUUAUGCAAAAUUGAACGAUCAGGUGGUGAGCUUACAGAAGCUCUGCAGAAGACCUUCCCUCCUGAUUGGAACUCAUGUCAUACUUUGUCUACGAGUUCCGAUGUAGACAGUGAUUAUGAAGUUGACGUAAAUAGUGAUGGUGAUGAUGAAGAUGACAGGGAGUUUGCUAGUAGAAUAGAUAACGUUAUGAUGACUGAUGAGGAUAGUCUGAGGCACGGAUAA